UUCACUGUAUUGGGCACUAUUCCUGUUGGCUUCUGAAGUUUGGGAGACGUGUGUGUGUCUCUGCGUGCGUAGGUCGGACCUCGCUGCGUCUCCCAGUUUUAGCUCAUUUUGAGUGGAUAUACGCGUUGAUUUGGUGUUUUUGGAGAUGCAGUCAUUCGGAUGGAAAAGAAAAGCUGGCUUAACAAAGCCAAAACCAGCUGUUUUUUCUCAGGAUAAUGUGGAAGUUGACAAUGAUAUGAAUGAUCCUGAUGUUGACUGGUUAACAGCGACAAAGAAGCCAAAGGUAUUGCAACUGGAAGAUGCAAAGGCAAAAGCGCGGCGUCUAAGCAAUGAAGGAGUAAUGCUGGCAGAGUCAGAGCGUUGGUGGGCAGCCAUUGGGAGAUGGAAUGCUGCUCUUGCCCUAACCCCAGAUGACUAUGCACUUCAUGAAAUGUUAGCCCAAGCAUACAUGCAGGUGGGAGAAGUUUUCCCUGCACUCAGAUCGGCAGAGGCAGCUGUGCAGCUAUACCCAAACUGGUGGGUUGGACUACAAACCCUUGGUAGGGCCCAGUUAGGACUUGGAGAUGUUGCAAUGGCAGUGAAGACAUUUUCAAAAGCUGUUCAUAUUCGUCCUGAUGAACAGGAACUUUGGCGUGAAGACUUGCAGUGGGCAGUUGGUCUUCUAAAGAAGUACAAGGAGAUUGAAGCCGAGAAGGAAAAGAUGAAAGAUGGAGCAACUAUAACCGAGCCAUCCAUAGAAGGUACUGUCAGGGAAAGAUCCAUCCAGAUCUAUGACAGACAGAGAAGAAAAGAAGCUCUUUUAAAAGGCAAUCCAGAGGGCAAUCUUGACAACGGGAGUGUCAUAGAUGUGACAAAGAUGGUGAGAAUGAGGGUCACUUAGGCCUGCUGCUGUUCAGAGGUUCUGUUCUAGGAUCUCGACAUCAUGCGCUCCUGCAGAAGAGGUGACCACACCAUCCUCAGCUUGAAGGUCGAAAGGUGGAAAUGUGCUUAACCUUUGUGUAACUUCCUCACUGCAUACCUCAUGUGAAUCACCUGUGUAUGAUAUAAGUAUACUGAUUUAAUAUUUUUUUUCUUUCUUGAAACACUUUAAUUAAAUAAUUGUUUUAUGCUUGACAAAGGUACCAACAAUAAUGAAUGAUUUGUUUUAGUGCCCCAAGGAAUAGCUUGUA